AAGAAGGUUUUGUUAAGAGAAUCGCAGAAUAAUAAUUUAAUAGUUAAGAGCUUGCAAGUUUUUUUUUCUUUUUUCUUAAAGAAGCAACUUGUUGGAAAUUAUCCAUUCUUGCUGUAUAUAUAUAGAACACUAGUUUGGAGAAAGAAGAAACUAAGAAGUGAAAUAUGAAGAGUUGUAAGAGAGAAAUGGAGAAGAAAUCAGUGAUAAGUUGUGUCAUUGAAGAGCUUUCUAUGGUGGUAAUUGUUAAACCUUCUGAAGAAAAUCAUGAAGCUGCUCAUAUUCCUACCAAGCCUUUCCUCUCUAUAUGUUAUUCUGUUCUACAAGUUCUUGAUAAAAUUGGACCAACAAUGGCUGUUUUGAGAGAAGAUGUAUACCAAAAUAUCAAGAGAUUGGAAUUGAUGCAUGAAUCAAAUCCGACAACAAUAUCAAAUUUGGUUGAGAUAUUAAAAUUAGAAGCAACAGAAGGCAAUGCAAGGAAGGGGUCUAGCUGCAGUAAGGCCUUUGUUUGGCUCACAAGGGCCUUGGAUUUCACCUCAUCAUUACUAGAAAUACUAUCAAAAGAUCCUGAAAAGAAAAUGAACAAAGCAGUUGAAGAAUCUUACGAUGUAACAUUAAAACCCUGGCAUGGAUGGAUUGCAUCAACUGCUUCUAGGGUUGCUCUAAGAUUAGUUCCAGAGAGUAAAACAUUCAUUAAUCUCCUUAAGACUGAAGAUGAAGAAAUUGGCAUGCUUAUACAGAAAAUGCAGAUAUUAGUUUCUCUACUUGUUCCUUUUCUUGAGGAUAUCCACUUUAUUUUAAGAUUAUACAACUUGGACAAGCUGAAAUCAACCUGAAGUCAAGAUAAAAGUAAUUAAUAAUAAAUGUGUAUUUUAUAUAUUCCUUCUUCAAGUUUAUUUAUUUUUUAUUUUAUGAAAUUCUGUUAUUGCUUCUUCCGGUUGAUUUUAUGUAAAUAUUAAUGUAAAUAUCGUGUAUAUAUGAAGAAAGGUUUAAAAGGAGCAUUGAAGGUUCUUUAAUUUUAUUUUUUA